CAAGCAGCGCCGUGCGAGGAAAACGUAAACAAAACACUAAAUUUCCGAUUAUUUAAAGAGGGACAUAAAUCAGCUAAGAUUUCAUCUACAUCUUUACUAAGGAAAUAUGGAUAAGAACUUCCUUCACUGACCUGUACUUCUUAUGCAACAGUGUAUCAACGAUGGCAGGCUGACACUAAAUAUAUAUAUUAUCUUAUAAUACAUAAGACAAAGAAAGAAGAAAGAAAUGUUUUGGAAUCUAGAAUCAAUCACCUGCAGAAUAUCCUAAUUUGAAUAUCCUAUCUCAAGGUUGCUCAUUCUCACAAAAUGUUUUGGGCUGUGGUUGUAGGCAUAUCAUGUAUCAAACUACUACUUAUCCCAGCAUACCGGUCAACAGACUUUGAAGUUCACCGGAACUGGUUGGCAAUCACACACAGUCUUCCAAUUGACGAAUGGUAUUUUGAAGAAACAUCAGAAUGGACACUAGACUAUCCUCCAUUAUUUGCUUGGUUUGAAUGGUUAUUGGCAAAGGUAGCACAGUUCUUUGACCAAGAAAUGCUGAAAGUGGAGAACUUGAACUAUGCCUCACCAAUGACAGUGCUCUUCCAGCGUCUGUCAGUGAUUGUAACUGACCUUGUGUAUGCUUAUGGCUGUAAACUUUGCAGUGAUGAGGCUGGAAGAUUCUCUGGCCGCAGGGAUGUGAUUGUCCCUCUCUUCAUUAUUCUGUUUAGCAAUGCCGGACUCUUGAUUGUGGAUCACAUUCACUUUCAGUACAAUGGCUUUCUCUAUGGCAUCAUGUUCCUGUCUAUUGCAAGAAUCCUGCAGAGGCGUGAAAUGGAAGCUGCCUUUUGGUUUUCCAUUUUGCUCAACUUGAAGCACAUCUACCUGUAUGUUGCCCCAGCCUACUUCAUUUACCUGCUCCGCUCCUACUGCCUCUCAUCCACUUCAGACGGCCGGAUUAAGUUGAAAUUGUCCUCUCUGCUCCGUCUUCUUCAAUUAGGAGUCACGGUCUUGGCUGUCUUUGGGCUGUCGUUUGGGCCCUUUUACCUGAAAGGGCAACUUGGCCAGGUACUUUCUAGGCUCUUCCCCUUUAAAAGAGGUCUGAGUCAUGCAUAUUGGGCACCUAACUUCUGGGCACUUUACAACUUUGCUGACAAAGUCCUGGAAGUAGCAGGUAACAGACUUGGCUAUGUGUCAUCUGUGGGGAAGGCCAGUAUGACAGGAGGCCUUGUGCAAGAGUUUGAACAUGCUGUCCUGCCUUCCAUCACUCCUCCAGUCACUUUCAUUGCUACUCUACUGUCAAUAAUCCCAUGUCUUGUGAACCUGUGGAAGACCCCGCAUAACCCAUGGCAGUUCAUCCGAUCUCUUGUUCUGUGUGGGUUCGGCUCCUACAUGUUUGGUUGGCACGUCCAUGAGAAAGCCAUCCUCUUGAUAGUUCUUCCUCUCGGAUUGUUGUGUCUGCAGAAGAAAAUCGAGGCUCAAAUUUUCAUCAUAAUGUCAGUUGUGGGCCAUUUCUCCCUCUUCCCAUUAUUGUUCACCCGUCAUGAAACGCCCAUAAAAGUAACUGCCCUUCUGCUUCACGCUGUAUUCACAUGCUACACCUUGCUGAAUCAUUGGUUGCCCAGCAAGAACUCAGGGCUGGUUCCAAGAAUUCCCUUGUGCAACAUUGCUGAAACAAUUUAUUUAUUAGGUUUAGUUAAUAUUUUCCUCUAUCAACAAAUAGGCCACCAACUAUUAGGCUUGGAGGAAAAAAUGCCAUUUUUGCCACUGAUGUUGAUAUCAGUUUACUGCGGUGUGGGGGUAACUUACUGCUGGUUGAAGUAUUAUCGUUCCAUCCUGUCGAGUGCGAAGAAGGGAAAAAAGAAGUCGCACUAAUUAUAUGUAAAAUAAAGAAAAAUAAAUUUAAUGCAUAUCUUUUCCAUUUCUAUUUAGGUAAAAAAAAUUAUCAGUAAAUAAAAGUGAAGUCCAGAAUUAACUUUGUUAGUGAAGUUGAGCUAAAGUUAUCUGUAUAUUUUGGUAUGGGCCAAUGACAAACUUAUUUUCAAUAAGUUGACUAAGUCAGGUAAACUUAUAUUUAUCUACAAGUACAAAUUAUUUUAAGUGUGUGUCACAUAUCAGUGAAUGAGAAAGUAUAAUUUGUAUUCUUGUUUGCAAUCACAAACAUUGUUUUUAUUAAGUAAAACUACAAAUUGCAGAUAAAUGUAUUAC